GAAGGGGCCAACAAAUCAUCCCACCGUUUACAAAAACUUUACUACUUACUAGACACUACAUACUUACACACACCAAUCCCUUCUCCUCUGCUCACCCUCUAAUCUAUGUUAUAUUUUUGUCCUGUUAUUCUCACACCUCACUCUCUCUGUCACGCACCACUCCUCUCUCUCAACUCAACCUCACCUUUUAGCUCUUCCACGUUUUUCAUUGCUAUCUAAAACACACACCAUUAACUCAUCUUUCCCUUCUAACCCUAACAACAUCAUGGCUUUUGCUACUCUUGCACUUGCACUUCUUCUUUUUCCCUUCACCGCCAUUCCUUCAAGUGCUAAUUGGUGCGUGUGCAAGGAUGGAGCUGAUGCAAUCUUGCAAAAGACCUUGGACUAUGCUUGUGGAGCUGGAGCUGACUGUAACCCUCUUCAUACAAACGCUCCUUGUUACAACCCAAACACCGUUAGAGCUCAUUGUAGCUAUGCUGUGAAUAGCUAUUACCAGAAGAAGGGUCAACAAGCACUAGCUUGUGACUUUGCAGGAACAGCUACUGUUGUUACAUCUGAUCCAAGUGUUAGUGGCUGUGCCUACCCUUCAAGUGCCAGUGGUUCAGGCACUAGCACAACAAGCCCAUCGACAGGUACCGGAACAGGCACCGGCAUGGGAACCACCCCAUCGACAAGUACCGGCACUGGCACUGGCACCAGCACGGGCACUGGCAUGGGAACUGGCACCAGCACGGGUGCCACUGGUAAUACUCCAUACAGUACAACAGCUCCUGGUGGUGUGUUAGGAGGUAUAGGCAGUGGUAUGGGGCCUUCUGGUGCUGGAGGAAUGAAUGAUGAUAGUCAUGGUGGUCUUAGACUUGUGGACACUAGUUUCUUAUCAAUCCCUCUCUUUUCUGUCUUUAUUAUGUUUUGGUGGGGUUAAAAAGAUAACGCGGCCUUAGUAAUAUUAUUAUGAUAUGAUGAUGGAAAAAGCCUAAUGUCACUACUGUAUGAAUGCGUCUUAUUUUCUAGGGUAUUGAACAUUGAGAUGUUAGUUUUUUGUUAUUUUAUUUUUCUCCACCUAAUUAUGCCAGUUCUUGUGGGUUUAAAAAGAUGGGUUGUUGAUUAAUUAAUUAUUUUGUUAGGCUCCUAGUCAGUAUGAAAAAAGACCUUGGAAAUGGUAAACCACCGUAUAAUAGUGUUAGGUAUUGAAAUCCUAUUUGAUGAUGAGGCAUUGUGAUUGUGGUGUUUAAGGAAUUCAGCAUCUAAGUUUUUGCAUUUGACUAUUAAA